UUUCUCUCAUCACUCAAACAAUGUGGCGGGCAGCUGGGCUGGUGGGCCGCUGCAUCCUCGCCACACAGACUGCACCGUCAAUGGCAGCCACCGUCUUCCGGGCGGCAGCCAUGUCGACGACAGCAGGCGGUGUUAUCGACCCGCGGCGGAUGCGGAACAUCGGAAUUGCGGCGCAUGUGGAUUGCGGCAAGUCGACGGUGACCGAGCGUGUGCUGUACUACACCGGGCGGAUCCGUGAGAUGCACGAGGUGCGCGGCAAGACGGGCAAGGGUGCGACGAUGGACUCGAUGGACCUGGAGCGUGAGAAGGGCAUCACGAUUGCAUCUGCGGCGACGUACACACAGUGGCGCCGGCGUGAUGCUGAGGAGGACACGCACAUCAACAUCAUUGACACGCCUGGCCAUGUCGACUUUACAAUCGAGGUCGAGCGCGCGCUGCGCGUGCUUGACGGAGCGGUCAUGCUGCUCUGCGGCGUGUCGGGCGUCCAGUCGCAGACGAUGACGGUGGACAAGCAGAUGCGGCGGUACUCUGUCCCGCGAAUCACGUUUAUCAACAAGCUCGACCGCGCAGGCGCCGAGCCGGACACGGUCAUCGAGCAGCUGCGGUCCAAGGUGCAGCUCAACGCGGCUGCGACCCAGGUCCCGAUUGGGCUGGAGGACGAGCACAAGGGCGUGAUUGAUGUGGUGACGAUGGAGGCGAUCACGUUUGCGGCGGAAGACCAGGGCGCGCGGCCGGUGUACUCGUCGGACCUCUCGGGCCUCCCGUCGGAGCUUGUCGACGACGCGCACCUCAAGCGCGGCAUGCUGCUCGAGGCGCUGGCGGAUGUCGACGACGACAUUGCGGAGAUUGUGCUCAACGACGAGGAGCCGUCAGUGGCGGACAUCAAGGCGGCCAUCCGGCGGUCGACGCUUGCCAUGAACUUCACGCCGGUCCUCAUGGGCUCGGCAUUUAAGAACAAGGGUGUGCAGCCGCUGCUCGACGCCGUUGUCGACUACCUUCCAUCGCCGCUCGACGUGGUCAACACGGCACUCGACCUGCGCAACGACGAGGCCUCGGUCGAGCUCAUUACCGAUGCGUCCAAGUCACUCAUUGCGCUGGCGUUCAAGCUCGAAGACGGGCCGCACGGCACGCUGACGUACAUGCGGGUGUACCAGGGUACACUCAAGAAGGGCGACUUUGUGUUCAAUGUCUCGCGCGACGAAAAGGUCAAGGUCAACCGCCUGGUGCGGAUGCACGCGGCGUCGAUGGAGGACAUUACGGUGGCAGGCGCCGGCGACAUUUGCGCGACCUUUGGCGUCGACUGCGCGUCGGGCGACACGUUCUCGUCGUCGCGCGACGUGUGGCUCUCCAUGACCUCGAUGCACGUGCCGGACCCGGUCAUUUCGCUUUCUAUCAAGCCCAAGUCGUCGACCAACUCGGCUAAGUUCUCCAAGGGCCUCGGCCGCUUCCAGCGUGAGGACCCGACGCUGCGGGUCUCGUACGACGAUAAGACCAAGGAGACCGUGAUCUCUGGCAUGGGCGAGCUCCACCUCGAGGUCUAUGUCGAGCGCCUCAAGCGCGAGUACGGCGUUGAGACCGAGACCGGCCGCCCGCGGGUCUCGUUCAACGAGGGUGCCACGACCAAGGUUCCAUUCAACUACACCCACAAGAAGCAGUCGGGUGGCUCGGGCCAGUUUGGCCGCGUCAUCGGCUACAUCGAGCCGCUGACCGACGAGGAGGUCGCUGAUGGCGAGACCUUUGUCUUUGAGGACGCCACCGUCGGCAACAACAUUCCGCCGCAGUUCCUUCCCGCUGUUGAGAAGGGCUUCCGCGAAGCCGUCGAGAAGGGUCCGCUGACGGGCCAUCCCAUCGUCGGCGUCCGCGUCGUUCUCCAGGACGGUCUCGCCCAUGCUGUCGACUCGAACGAGAUGGCGUUCAAGAUCGCCGCCCGCUCCGCUUUCCAGGAGGCGUUCCUCGAGGCCAACCCGAUUGUCCGCGAGCCUGUGAUGAAGGUCGAGUGCGAGGCGCCGUCCGAGUUCCAGGGCGCGGUUGCCGGCCAGCUUGCGCAGCGCAAGGGCGUGGUGACCAACUCGGAGACGAUGGGCGGCUACGUCCGCCUUGUCGCCGACGUUCCGCUCAACCAGAUCUUUGGCUACUCGACCGAUCUGCGGUCGGCGACCCAGGGCAAGGGCGAGUUUUCGAUGGAGCUUCUCGAGUUCCGGCCCGUGGAUGGGCAGACCCAGAAGGAGCUCCAAGAGCAGUUUGCCAAGGAGCGGUCGGCCGAGUCGUAAUGGAUUCGCCGAGCCGCCCCCCCCC